UGAAGACCUCUGAACCAUUCAAAAGGUGAUCACAUAAACCUACUGUGUUUUUAGGGGGGGUGGGGGUUGAGCAAGAAUCUUGGAACAUGUCCGUGAACUUGACCAACAGCACCUGCACGGAUCAACUCCAUUGGACGAACCGUUAUCUGGUGUCAGCUGUCGUGUAUGGACUGGUGCUGGCCGUGGGUCUGCCUCUCAACGGCGUGUCCCUGUGGAUCCUGUUGCGCAGACACGGGCUCCGGUCAUCUAGCGCAGUGCUCAUGAUCAACCUCGCCGUGUCCGACCUGCUGCUCGCGCUCUCUCUGCCGCUGCGCAUCUACUUUUACGCAACGCUCCGGUGGCCGUUCGGAGCGGGCACGUGCACCGCGGCAGUCAUGCUGUUUCGGAUCAACUUCAGGACCAGCUGCGUUUUCAUCACUUUAAUCAGUUUGGACCGCUUUUUCGCGCUGGUUUUUCCGAUGCGCUCCCGGUCUCUGCGCACCUCCGCUUUCGCAUCCAAGUGCUGCGCUCUGGUGUGGAUCUUAUUAACCUUACUUUGCAUUCCGGAUAUUGUAAAUUACCAAGACGCAUUGAAAACCUCAACCUGUGGUUCCAAUAUAACGUGUUUUGAGUCUCGAGUGAUUGUUAAGGGCUCACACGCAUCUGCGCUGGGUCAGGCUAUAUUUUUGUUAAUACUCCUUGUGGUCAAUAUCGUAUGUACGGCAAUGGUCAUAUGCGCACUGAGGAAACGUCCGAGUGGAGACAAGACAAAAGUGAACAACAAAAUGAGCGUGAUACUCAUCUUUGCGGUUAACAUGGUGGUGUUUGUUGUAUUUUUCAUGCCAUUUGCAUUACAACUCAUGAUGUUGGACUACAAUACAGAGAACAAGAAAGGUGGCCAAGAAGUUUUACACGCACUGGUCUGCCUAGCGAGCAUAAACUGCUGUCUGGAUCCACUCAUUUAUUAUUUCUCUUUGGACUCAUUCUGGCAGGACAAGGGCAAAAAAGUUGAUGCGACUACCCAUUCCCUCAGCAGGUCGAUGGAAAGGUCAUAAGAAUGAGGCUGAAGAUACUUCUGAUCAUAGAUACAGAAUCAAACAUUGGUUAAAACGGAUGUGAUUUAUUAUGCUCUCUGGUGGUCAGAAUAACGUAGAUUUGAACAAGUUAUCAUUCUUCUUGUGGACAUUCAUUGUCCAAAUAUUACCCCAAUUGCUCAGAACAGGCUUGUAACUACACAAUUUGGUGGAAAGGUGGAUACCGUUUUGCUUUGUUGACCCUGUGGUUCCUAUACCCAACAUCUUUUUUAACACAUCCUUACAAAACCACUAAAACAACAUGCAAAACCACGAUUAGAAAAAAUGAGCAAUCUGAUGCAAAAGCCUGAGUAUCAAAAAAUACUAUUUUUGAUAUUUUUGAAUUUCCUUCGAGUACCGUAUGAAUUUUAAAGCGCAAUAAUAUGGAUUGUAUGUUUACUGGAAACCCAAAAAGUGUAUUUGACAGUAUUUGACAAGCUGCAUUUCUGUGUCUGUAAUAUUUUUUUUUUCAGAUGUGAUCAGCCUGUAGUUUGUAUUUAGGUGGAAAUAAAUCAAGGUCAACAAACAGAGACAAAAAUAUUUAACUAGGGCUUAAAGCUGGAUUAUAGAAGAAAUACUGAUGAAUAGUGACAGGGAGAAUUAAAAAAAAUGUGUAGGGAGUAAAAUCUGUGGUCAAAGCGUGUUAUUUGAAAAUGUACAUAUUAUAUCGGCAUAUCUCUGCUCUGCUCUGCUCUCUAAAUAUUAACAUCAGCUAUUAAAAAUCGUUUUCUAUCGACCUACUGUUGAUACACUCAGACUUUGGAAAAGUAAAAUAAAUAUCGACUUUUUACAUGUAUCAUUUGAAGGUGUUCAGGAUUUAGGUUUCUGUCUUCUGUCUAUCUAACAUCUUGGGUAGUUUUUUUUUCUCGGUCUCCUUUGGUUCGCUAACAAUUCUUUGCAAAGCUUCUGUGGAACAGUAUUGUAACGGUAUUAUAAAAAGCAUUGUACAAAUACAUUGAAUUUAAAAUGAUGCAAAAUUAUCUACCAUUGUCUUGAUCAUCAAUGUUAUGAUUUGGAUCUUAUUCGCAGUGGAUUCAGUAAGGUGGCUUUUUGUACAAAAUAGUGAGUCACAAACCUAAUAAACCUUGAGAUCCAAACAUGUUAAGAAUUUGUUCCAUGUUUGUCUAUCGUAAGCACAAACUUUUUAGCUU